AUGUUGGCGCAAAUCACGAUGACCAAUAUCGCCAUUAUCUCCGCCCUAGUGGCAGCGGGCCUUUCGGCGUUUUACAUGCUUCAGCGGAUGAGACAUGAACUCAGAGUUCGGAAGAUAGGUGGCGUCCGCGCGCCUCAGCUGGCAACCAACCCAUUUAGCGGCAUGUUCUGGUUCAUCCGAGCCGCCAAGGCCCAGAUGAGGAACGAGCUUCUGAAUCAUUAUAACAGCUUCUACGACCACGCCACACCCGAAUGCCCAAACUGUGUGGAGAUUCAGAUCAAGGCUAGCGAAAGAUACAUCCUUACCAGAGACCCCGAGCAUAUCAAAGCUGUGCUCACGACCAAGUUCAGCGACUUCGGGAAAGGGGCCACCUUUCAUUCUCUAUGGCGACCUUUUCUUGGAGACAGCAUAUUCACUACGGAUAGGAGCCUAUGGCACGACAGCCGCAGUCUUAUCAGGCCAAUGUUUAUCAAGGAUAGGGUCAGCGACCUGGCGACGUUUGAAAAAGGGGUCUCGGUACUUAUCGCAGAGCUUCCGCCGUCCGGGCACACGGUCGACAUCAUGGAUCUCUUCUAUCGUAUGACCCUCGACGUAACAAACGAUUUUCUGCUGGGCGCAAGUGUUGACAGCCUGAACAAUCCUCAGAGCGAGUUCGCCAGUGCGUUCAGCGACGUCCAACGGAUCCAAAUGAUGAUAUCCAUGACUGGGCCAUUCCAAGCCUUGAUACCCCGUGGUGCCUAUAACCGCGGGAUAGGGGUAAUCAACCGCUUUGUGAUGCCGUACAUCGAACAAGCCUUGGCCUUGCCGCAGGAGGAGCUCGAGAAGCUGUCCAACUCCGAUAAGGACUUCACCUUCUUGCAUAGCAUCGCAAGGUAUACCCGUGAUCCUCAGGUCCUCCGGGACCAAAUCGUUGCUGUGCUACUGGCCGGUCGCGAUACCACCGCUGCGACGCUAUCCUGGACAUUCUACGAGCUAUCGAACUACCCGGAGAAGUUCAAGAAGCUUCACGACGAGGUCAUCGCUUCAGUUGAUCGGACACGAAUGCCUACAUAUGACGAUCUCAAGAGUAUGAACUACCUACGUCACAUCUUGAACGAAACAUUGCGCCUGUACCCUGCCGUGCCAUAUAACCUCCGCACUGCACUCGAAGACACCACAAUCCCAGGCAUCCCCGGCCAGCCCCCUAUCUCCGUGGUCGAGGGCGACGUCGUAGUCUACAGUACACUCGCGAUGCAACGGCAGCGGGACCUAUAUCCACCAACGUCCGAGAAGUUCGAGGAUCCUGCCGUCUUCUCGCCAGAGAGAUGGGAGACCUGGAGCCCCAAGCCUUGGCAAUAUGUCCCCUUCAACGGAGGACCUCGGAUUUGCGUGGGACAGAAUUUCGCCAUGACGGAGAUGGCGUAUUGCAUGGUAAGAAUACUCCAGAAGUAUGACGGACUCGAGUAUCGAGGCGAUUGGCACGCGCAGAAGCACGAGGCGGAGGUGGUUGGCAAGCCUAGUCAGGGGGUGAAUGUUGCUCUGCACGCGAAAGAGGGCCCCCAUGAGUAG